UUUGUAGAUAUUGAAUUCCUGAGAAGAAAAUAAUGGAUUGCGUAUUAAUUGUUCUCUAAGUAUUUGAACCAACAGUGUCUAGGCCUUUGUUGCAGAGGCCAAAAGAAGAUGGCAACUCCAUAUGUCCCAGUUCCUAUGCCCAUAGGAAACUCUGCUUCCAGUUUUACAACCAACAGAAACCAAAGAAGAUCUUCUUUUGGGAGUAUCUCAACAAGCUCAAACUCUUCCAAAGGCCAGUUAGAAGACUCAAAUAUGGGUAAUUAUAAACAGCCAACUGUGACUGAUCAAAUGGAUAGUACUUCCUCUGUCUGUAGCAGUCCCCUCAUUAGGACUAAAUUUACAGGUACAGAUUCUUCCAUUGAGUAUUCAAUUAGACCCAGAGAAAAUGAAGAACAAAAUCCUGAAACAAUCAGUUGGGAAGAUAGACCAUCUACACCUACUAUACUGGGUUAUGAGGUGAUGGAAGAAAGAGCUAAAUUUACUGUGUAUAAAAUACUGGUAAAGAAAAGCCCAGAAGAAAGCUGGGUAGUUUUUAGAAGAUAUACUGACUUCUCUAGACUUAAUGACAAAUUAAAAGAGAUGUUUCCCGGCUUUCGAUUAGCACUUCCACCAAAACGCUGGUUUAAAGAUAAUUACAAUGCCGACUUCCUAGAAGAUAGACAAUUAGGAUUACAAGCGUUUCUUCAAAAUUUAGUAGCUCACAAGGACAUUGCUAACUGCCUUGCAGUGAGAGAAUUUCUUUGUCUGGAUGAUCCACCAGGUCCAUUUGAUAGCCUAGAAGAAAGCAGGGCUUUCUGUGAAACUUUAGAAGAAACAAACUACCGCUUACAGAAAGAACUACUUGAAAAACAAAAAGAGGUGGAAUCACUGAAAAAACUGCUCAAUGAGAAGCAACUUCAUAUAGACACUAUAGAGAACAGAAUCAGAACAUUGUCUUUAGAACCUGAAAAAUCAAAGUACAUGUCAGGAACAGAAGGUGGACAAAUCCUAAAGGUGGAGUCCUCUAUACUUGAGUCUGAUCAAGGUGUCUUGGAUGAAGAAUCUAGAAUUGAUAAUAAGCCGUGCCUGAGUUACAGUAAUCCUGAAAAUACUGUAUCAGAGAUAGAAGUAGCCGAAGUGGCAUAUAAUGCUGAAGAAGACUAAUCCAUCUCAAGCAUUUCCCUCAAUUUUGACAUUUCAGUAAAUUUAGAAUCGAAUGACAAAUAUUUUUUAAAAAAUAGGACUGUAAAAAUUUACAGAAAAAGGCAAGAAUGCACAUGUAUAGUUUACAUAAAGAAAAAUAUUUAAAUUAUUGACAUAGGAAAUACAGUCACUGCUGCUUUUAAGCAUCUCUUACCCAGCUUCUGUAUUCAAUACACUAAAAAAAAAAAAAAAAAUCUAGUUAAAAUUCUUUUACCAAGGCUUGUAUUCUCAAAUACUGUACAUAAAUGAUAAUGAUGUUUUGCUACUAUGUUUUGCUCCAAACUAACAUGUAUUUUUUUUUUAAAUCACCAAUUACAUUAAUCAAAUAGAAAUUAAUUGCAUGUUUCUAUUUGGGUGAUAUAUAUGUCUUUGUAUGUCUAGCAUGAUUUAUUUUCAUUAAUGGUUUAAAUUAAGGAACAUCAUAGUAAAGAUAAAUACAAGUUGAAUUGUAAAUGUUGACAUUUUUACCAUUCCUAAAUGGUUAUUUGGAAUGUU